ACUUCCCCAAAUCACUGUUUAACAGGGUUAAGUGCUUGUUGAAAUCUGUUUGCAGCUCCCAAGCACAGACCACCAGAACGGGAGGGAGGAAGAGAGUUUAACUCAAGUCUGGAAGCAUGCUCCCCCGACUCCUCCGACUCCUCCUUCUGCAAGGAGCUUUCAUCUUUGGAGCUGUCAGUUCCACGCCAACCGCAAGGAAGCUCUUCGGUGAGGUCAGGUCCCCCAAUUACCCCAAGCCGUACCCAAACAACAAUGACAGUACCUGGGACAUUUCUGUGCCAAAGGGCUUCAGAGUGAAGCUGAAUUUCUGGCAGUUCGAUCUGGAGCCAUCUGAGGACUGCACUUAUGACUACGUCAAGAUUACAGCCAACAAGAAAGACUUAGGCCGGUACUGCGGCCAGCAAGACUCAACCACCGGCAACCACCCUGGAGGCAAAGAGAUUUUGUCAGCCGGGAACCGAAUGCGGCUGCUGUUCCACUCCGACUUCUCCAAUGAAGAAAAUGGCACCAAUGUCUUCUACAAGGGCUUCCAAGCUUAUUAUCAAGCAGUGGACUUGGAUGAGUGCGCCCUUGAAAACGAUGUCGAAGAUGGCGCACCUCGGUGCCAGCACUUCUGCCACAACUACAUAGGGGGCUACUUCUGCUCUUGUCAGCCUGGCUACCAUCUCCAGAGUGACCAACAUUCCUGUAAAGUGAAUUGCAGCAACGAACUGUUCACGGAGCAAUCUGGGUACUUGUCAAGCCCUGGUUAUCCUCAGCCCUACCCAGCUGAUUUGCGCUGUAACUACAGCAUACGAGUGGAGGCAGGCCUGCUCAUCACACUCAAAUUCCUGGAGCCUUUCGAAAUUGAUGAUCACCAGCAAGUCCGCUGUCCUUAUGACCAGCUCAAGAUCCAAGUUGGUGGGGAAGAGAUUGGUGAGUUCUGUGGCACAAUGUCUCCAGGAAGCAUUGAAACCAAUGGCUCUUCGGUGGACGUACUUUUCCACACGGAUGAUUCAGGAUACAGCCGUGGGUGGAAGAUCCGGUACAGCACAGAAAGAGUCUCCUGCCCGCAGCCUGUUCCAAAUGAUGAGUUCACCAUCAUUCGAGACCUACAGCCGUUGUAUCAAUACCAGGACUACUUCAUUGCCAGCUGCAGGACUGGAUACCAGCUGAUGGAGGGUGAAAAAGCACUGAAAUCCUUCACCGCUGUCUGCCAAAAGGAUGGGACGUGGCACCGCCCUAUGCCCCGAUGUGAAAUUGUGAACUGCGGCGAACCGAAAAGCCUGACCAACGGGGACUUCAGCUAUGAGUCCCAGCCAAACAAUAACGAAUACCUGUCAGUUGUCAAGUACAGCUGCAAAGAACGCUAUUACCGCCUUUUCAAUAAGGGAGGAGAUAUAUAUACCUGCUCUGCUAAGGGGUCUUGGACGGACCAAGAUGACCAUGAGGACAUCCCUGUGUGCAUGCCAGUAUGUGGAAGGCCAGACAACCCCAUCGUAAGAAUCCAACGGAUUAUUGACGGCCAAGAAGCGCCACCAGGCAGCUUCCCAUGGCAAGCAAAAACAUACGUCACCAGCCGUGGAGGCGGGGCAUUGCUGGGUGACCGCUGGAUCUUGACCGCAGCACACACUUUGUACCCCAAGGGGAGCAGUGCAUCUCGGAUGGCUCAGAGUCCUGAGCUCUCCGAGUUGACUGAGAAGACUCAAGUCUUCCUGGGCCACACAGACGUGGAUGAGCUCAUAAAGCUGGGAAAUCGCCCCGUCCGCAAAGUUUACAUCCACCCAGCGUACAACCAGAGCCUUAAGGAGAACUUUGACGGGGACAUUGCCCUUCUGGAGCUGGAGGACCCAGUGACGCUUGGCCGCGACAUGCUGCCAAUCUGUCUCCCAGAUCCGGGGAACAGCAGCACCUUCUACGCUCAAGGAUGGAUGGGUUAUGCCAGUGGCUUCGGAGUAGAGAAGAACUUCCUUGCUCACAAGCUAAAAUACGUACCGCUUCCAGUAGCAAGGCGUUUAUCCUGUCAGCAGUGGCUGAAAGGGCAGAAGAUUGACGGCCAGGACGUCUUCACAGAGAACAUGUUUUGUGCAGGUUCCCCAUACGAAGCAAAAGAUACCUGUCAGGGCGACAGUGGGGGGGCCUUUGCUGUGCGUGACCCGGAGACUGGGCGCUGGGUGGUCUCAGGGAUUGUUUCUUGGGGCAUCGAUUGCGGCAAAGGCUAUGGCUUUUACACCAAAGUUAUUAACUACCUGGACUGGAUCAAGGGCAUAGUGGGGAAGGAUUGGGUCUCAAUGCAAGGGUCAGAUUAACAUAUUGGAAUGUAAGCAUCUGUUGUGAGUCAAUCAAUGGAAGCUCCACCAUUUUGGAAAGAACUGUCACCUCCAAUGUAUUGUUUCAUAGCUCCUCCCAAGGAAUGAAUAAGUACGACCUUAAUUCAUGGUUUAGCAAAUCCUCUUCAUUAAUCAGUCUAAGCUUUAGCUUAGAUAAACGAUAGCUUGUUUGAAACUGUCGAUGUAAUAAUCACUAAAAGAUUUCUGUACUACUUGCUUUAGUAAUGGACAGAUAAAAACAACAUUAUAUUCCUGUGUCACUAUCCCCAAAGGAGCACAGCAUGCCUUUGAUUACAUCCUUGUGCUAGGAAGAAUGCUAUUUUCUUGUGGUUAAUAAGGCAGCUGCUGAAGUUGUUGGUGGAUCCAAAUAUGUCAGGCAGGGAUGGCUGUCACGAGGGAUAGUCAUGGGCACUAUAUUCAAGAGCAGCUUCAUUCUCCAAAGAAUGAUCCAGGAGCCUGAAUCUCACAUCCUCUCCAUUUCUUUUUUCUUUUAUAAUAGUUUUAUUGAAUUUCCACAAAUUCACAUAAAAUUCCCGUACAUUAUAAUUUUUCUUCUGUUUAUCAACUUCCCUUCCCUUUUUUAAUACUUAUUGCCACAACUUAUCUUCACUCUUCUACACCAUAGCCAUAAUACAAUAGUCUCUAAUUAUUUCUGGUGUUCAUAGUUCAAAUCCUGCUCACUAAUCCAUCACAUUAUAAUAUUUCUUUAGUCAAAAAAAGGGCUUCUGUUCUUCCAUCCUCCUCCAUUUCUUAGGCUCAUCUAAAAUAAAGUCAUUGCCACAUAGCAAUUUUACACUAAUGUUGGCAAUAGAUGAGGAACAACAACAACAAAGGCUGGUGUGCUUAUUCCAGAAAAAUUAGCAGCUGAUACUUUUCACAAUUUGGAGGAAAUCAUUCCCUGUUAAUGUCUGCAAGCUACUAUUAAAGGCAAGGCUACAGUGGCUAGUCCAAAUGUUGCCAACUCUACUUCACUUUUGGGGAUUCCUGGGCUAUGGCAUUCAUACACCAAAGAAAGGUUUAAGUGUAGAACAUCUCUUACCACUUUUGAGCUCGAUCCCACCGCCCGAUACAAAUAAAACAUUUCUCCAUGCUUUGAUUCAAAUUAGUUAGGACUGCUGAGAGCUAGAUAAAAUGGCUUCACAUUGUGCCCAGGCUACAACUGGGCUCUUUGUGGUUAAGGGGUAACGAAGGGCUGAUUCGCACAUGCAUAUUUAUCGCUUGGUGACUGCCCCAUCCAAACUUUCAUGUUUCAAUGGAGCCAUGACAGAUCUAUAUGACACACAUAACUUCCACAUCUUAAUGCUUUUGAAGGGUGCCUGAUGAUCACACAGUCGUCAAGUGUACAGUACUCAAGUGAUAAACGUGAAUCUGUGAGUCAGGCUUUAGCCCAGUUGGUCUUCCUUUAAAAGGUUAUUAUUAGUCAUGCUUCUCCAAAGAAGCUACUUCACUACUAGUCAAAUUAUCUGCUGAUGUUUUUUCCCCUAAUGCAACUACUCUACUGUACUGGGUAAAGCUAUAUUAGCGCAAUACUUUUAAUCCAACUCUUGAUGGUGCAAUCCAGACUUCUAGAACCUGUCCCACUAUUGGCUAAGAGAUUCUCGACCACAUCUUAUGCGCUCCCCAAAUAAUGCUCCUGCCUAACUGUAAAUUUGCAUAUAUCGCUUCACAAAAAUGGCAUUCUACAAAUAUUAAAGUCACUGCUGCACAAAA